GUGCCGUCAGACGGCGCUGCCAGUGAAGUCGCGAAUUUGCCGACAAAAAGUGUGUUGGCCUUUGGUCAGCACAGCAGUGGUCAGCACUGGCCUCUCGCGCGAUGAUUAGAUUAAUUAAAUCGUACGUUUAAGAUCGUCUAGUUUGUAGGAAACGACUGAGUUAACACCUGUCAUUAUGGCUUCCUUGGUUGCGGAUUACGGAACCUCCUCUGGCUCGGACGGCGAGACGGACGACGUUUCGGACAAUGCCUUUAAGGGUGCGGAGAAGGUGGAGUCGGAGAGAGAGGAGGAUGAGGAAGAGGAGGAGAACGAUAGGGAUAACGUGAGGAUAACUGAAACAACAGCUUCCAAAGAAAAGCUUCCAUUGCCCACGCCAGACUUCAACAGCGCGCCCACGUUACUGAGGACCUCGGUGUUUCUGAAUCCAUUCGUCGAGGCGGAGCGGGCGAAGAGCGCAAUCCUGGAGAAGCACGUGAAAAUGACGCCCACAUUGGACGACACAAAAAUGAUAAACGGACGCAAAAUCUGCUGGAACUAUCGGAAGGGUCGCUGCCGUUUCGGCCACAACUGUACCUUUGCACACGACUCGGAUCUACAUCGCAGCGCUGCCGAAUUGGAGGCCCUGCGGACACCGCAAGAGACGUUAGUCUGUCAAACUAGAUAUAAUGGGCAGCAACAGCAACAACAACAACAACAACAACAACAACAGAUAAUGCCGCCCAUGAACGACGACGAAAACGAGGUGGACCAGGAGAACAAUCAGACAGCGAAUAGAAAGCGUAAGAAGAGGCCCGGCCUGUGCCAACUGUUGCUUCCGAGUAAGAAAGUCUAUAAGCAGUUCAAAGCGCAACAGCAGCAACAACAAACCAAAACUAGAUGAAUGCUAUUUUUUCAUUUGGAAGGCGUAGUAAAGGAGACGAAAUUGUCUUCUAGCCGAGUCGUUAUACAUUUGUUUUUUUUUGCGAAAAAUUGGAAAAACACCUAUUGAGCAAUUUUCCAUGCAACGCAAUAUCAAACGAAUCUUUCUUUUGAUGAACGAAAAAAUUAUUUUGAAAAGACUCAGAAGAAAGUAUAGAAGAAAAUAAUUACAUAAGAAAGUGAAAAUUACAGGAGCCCUUAUGAAUAGUUUUGAAUUCGCUUUCGUAUUUGCUUUUGAAAUUUGAAACUUUUUUUUACGAGCAAAAUGGAAGCCAUUUGUGUAUAGCGACGAGACUAACUGAGAUCUCGCCUAAGAUUUAGAUCAGUAUUUAAUUAAAAGUAAUUGCGCGCACACAAAAUCGAUAUAGAUAUAUAAAGGAAAAAGAAAAAAAUAUUCCGACUUAUGCUUCCAAUGCGAACAAACGUGCGAUGUGUAGGAUAGAAACUUUUGUCUUAUAUAAAUUCGCAAAGGACUACCUAAACAUGCACAAAACGGACGUGUGUGCGCGGCCUUCUUAAAAUUCACCUUUUGUAACGCAACGAAUCCAUAAAAAAUGUCUUCUCUUUAUCUUGUUUUCCCAUAUUUCAUUACUAGCUAAUUUACUAGAUAAUAAUUUAGCUAAUAAUAUUAUUCAUUCGUGAGAAUACCAAAUAACAUUUUAUAAUAGAAAGCCACAGAGUAUGUAUUGUAUUAACACAUCAAGAUAUUCGAUGAAUUUGAAGAAUACAUCCUCUUUCCUGUAUUCUUCAUAUCCAUAUGAAGAAACAUUCUGUAUACCUGACAACAAUACUUCCAUGCGUUUUUGUGAAUUUAGGAUUAAUCUAAGCCCAAUCGCUUGAUCCCUCUUUUAGAUAAAUGUUUAUUUUACAUUUCCUUGGACUGCAAUCGAUAAGACAAAUUCGAUACUCCGAGUCAUAUGUAAUUACAAUACUUGUAGAUAUUACAAACGAUGGAAAAGUCAUUUACUGAUACAUUAAUCUUUCUAACGAGGAAAUAACUACGAUAGAUUGAAAGAAAAUAGAAGGAUCAUUAAUGAAUUAAAUGUUUACCCAACUUUAUCCAAUCUAAGUGGUUAAACUGUGUUAACAUGUUUUACUAACAUGUUAAUUAUCUGUUGGAGAAGAGAAACAUAAUAAGUAAUAAUAGAUCAAAAUAGAAGAAGCAGUGAAAAAUUAAGAGUUUAUCUCAACUAUCGUAACUCAAAAGAUACUCCUUGGGGGUUUCUGAAGAUUUCUAGGAGGUUGCCAAUAAAUUAUUCAGCUGUGCUGAAAUAA